GGGAGAGGGGAAAAGGAAAGAAAAAAAAGUGUGUGUGUGGGGGGGAGGCAGACAGACACACACUUUAGAUAAGGACAAUUAGUCACCAGUGAGACCCUGUAGGAAGAGAGGUUUAAAUCAGAGGGAUUUAAUGGGGGUGCUCUGUGCCUUCCCUGAAGCCAUGCCCUCCAGCAACUCCCGCCCCCCUGCGUGCCUAGCCCCGGUGGCUCUCUUCUUGGCUCUGUUGGUCCAUCUCUCCCUUUCCUCCCAAGUUGGAGACAGGAGACCCUUGCCUGUAGAAAGAGCUCCAGGUUUGAAGGAAAAGACUCUGAUUCUACUUGAUGUGAGCACCAAGAACCCAGUCAGAACAGUCAAUGAAAACUUCCUCUCUCUGCAGCUGGAUCCGUCCAUCAUUCAUGAUGGCUGGCUCGAUUUCUUAAGCUCGAAGCGUCUGGUGACCCUGGCUCGGGGACUUUCGCCCGCCUUUCUGCGCUUUGGAGGCAAAAGGACGGACUUCCUGCAGUUCCAGAAUCUGAGGAACCCGGCGAAAAGCCGCGGGGGCCCCGGUCCGGAUUACUAUCUCAAAAACUAUGAGGAUGACAUUGUUCGAAGUGAUGUUGCCCUGGAUAAACAGAAAGGCUGCAAGAUUGCUCAGCACCCUGAUGUUAUGCUGGAGCUCCAACGGGAGAAGGCAGCUCAGAUGCACCUUGUUCUUCUAAAGGAGCAAUUCUCUAAUACUUACAGUAAUCUAAUAUUAACAGCCAGGUCUCUAGACAAACUUUACAACUUUGCUGAUUGCUCUGGACUCCACCUGAUAUUCGCUCUAAAUGCACUGCGUCGUAAUCCUAAUAACUCCUGGAACAGUUCUAGUGCCCUGAGUCUGUUGAAGUACAGCGCCAGCAAAAAGUACAACAUUUCUUGGGAACUGGGAAAUGAGCCAAAUAACUAUCGAACCAUGCAUGGCCGGGCGGUAAAUGGCAGCCAGUUGGGAAAGGAUUACAUCCAGCUGAAGAGCCUGUUGCAACCCAUCCGGAUUUACUCCAGAGCCAGUUUAUAUGGCCCUAAUAUUGGGCGGCCCAGGAAGAACGUCAUUGCCCUCCUAGAUGGAUUCAUGAAGGUGGCAGGAAGCACGGUGGAUGCAGUUACCUGGCAACAUUGCUACAUUGAUGGCCGGGUGGUCAAGGUGAUGGACUUCCUGAAAACUCGCCUGUUAGACACACUCUCUGACCAGAUUAGGAAAAUUCAGAAAGUGGUUAACACAUACACCCCAGGAAAGAAGAUUUGGCUUGAAGGUGUGGUGACCACCUCGGCUGGAGGCGCAAACAACCUAUCAGAUUCCUAUGCUGCGGGAUUCUUAUGGUUGAACACUUUAGGAAUGCUGGCCAAUCAGGGCAUUGAUGUUGUGAUACGACACUCAUUUUUUGACCAUGGAUAUAAUCACCUGGUGGACCAGAAUUUCAACCCAUUACCAGACUACUGGCUCUCUCUCCUUUACAAGCGCCUGAUCGGCCCCAAAGUCUUGGCUGUGCAUGUGGCUGGGCUCCAACGGAAGCCACGGCCAGGCCGAGUGAUCCGGGACAAACUAAGGAUAUAUGCUCACUGCACAAACCAUCACAACCACAACUAUGUUCGAGGGUCUAUUACACUUUUUAUCAUCAACCUGCACCGAUCAAGAAAGAAAAUCAAACUGGCUGGGACUCUCAGGGACAAGCUCGUGCACCAGUAUCUGCUGCAGCCCUAUGGACAGGAGGGGCUCAAGUCCAAGUCAGUGCAGCUGAACGGCCAACCCUUAGUGAUGGUGGACGAUGGGACCCUCCCCGAACUGAAGCCCCGCCCCCUGCGGGCCGGCCGGACAUUGGUCAUCCCUCCAGUCACCAUGGGCUUCUAUGUGGUCAAGAAUGUCAACGCCUUGGCCUGCCGCUACCGAUAAACCACCCUCACGCCCACAAGCCACCCGCAGGCCUGCUGGACUGCUUUCCACUCUCCUGCCCUAAUCGUAUCCUGAUCUUUCAGACAUCUUCUUAGCAACAAACCAGUCUGCUGCCCCAUCCUGCUGGAAUCAGCACAGACUUGCUCUCUAAAGAGACAAAUGCCAUAGCACGAGCUUUGCCUAGGGAGGCCACAUGCACCCCAAAGGAAAGUGUACCCAUCACCUGUGCCUAUAUAAGGAUGAAGGUAUGUGUGUGGAGCCGUAUGUACCCAUGUGCACACAACAGGAAGAGAAGCCGGCGGUGCGCUCGCAGGACCAUGAAACAGCUCUCCAUCAUCUGGGUCACACAGCAGUGUCACUAUAGACCUUAGCCUGGGACUGCUUCCCGCAGUACGAGAUGAGGAAGGAAACCACCAAGUGGGCCUUCAGGAGCCCAGUCCUCUUCAAACUCCUCUCCUUGUCUGUUCCCUGCUGUUGCCCCGGGUUUCCUGUCACCUCUCUUCUCACCGGGGAGCAAGUGGGUGGGUCAGCACCGGCCUGCUGGGUGAGCUGUUUAUGUCGUUUCCUGGCUGAUGUAUGAGUGUGUGCAUCUGGGUUUCUGGCAGUGGCAUCGAUCACUGGCUAUUCCUCCAGGAGACGGGUGCUUCAGAAGUAAAAUUGUAAUCGUACUCCAGAUUUGUAAGAGGGUUCUAUUCCUCUGUGAAUCCGGAUUCCCCUUGGGUUGGAAUGGGAGUCAGGUAACAAUAUUCAUGGAGUGGAGAACAGUGUAUUAGGCACCACAAAAAGCAAUCAUCAUCCGUCAUGUGGCUGGGAGGGAGAGAGUUUCAGCACAAAGAGAAAGCACACUGAACCACCGAAGGAACGCAGACACACACACACACACACACACCAACUGAACAAGCAAAUAAUCAGACUUGCAUCAAAUCUGAAGGAAUCUUAAGGGCUUGUCAGUCAGGCCCCUAAUGGCUUGUUUGACCAAAGUUAUUAAAAAAAAAAAAAAAAGUGCAAAUCGAAAGUCAUCCCUGUAAGACACAACCGAAUCUAGCAAUCCUUCCUGUUCCCCAAGGAGCUGUGUGCUUCUCCAGGCGUUUACUAGGCAGAAAUCUAAUGUGGUAGUGAAAGCUGACCAGGUCCGCGCUUUCCCAGACCAGCCAGUGUGAGCCCAGAACAAAGCCUUCCAUGUACUGCCUGGGGGAUGGGGAGUCUGGAAACUGAGGUCUGAUGGAGAACUGUGGGGUGGUGGGUGGGAAGUCCCUGAAUCGGGCAGGGCGGAGUGGACUGAUUUAAAGAUUACGAUAAACCUGUAUGAUUCAAGGGGUAAGAGACAAGCUACCGCUGAAAAGACUCUCCCGUGGGGUUGAUUUUCUUUCUCAGGAUAAAGGACAUGAAGGACAGGGCCUAAGGACAGGGCCAGGUGUGAUGUGAGACACAGGAGGAAGAUGACGUAAGGGAGGAAGUUCCCGACUCUGCGGAGAACAGGGAAUCAGGGAGAGGGAAGCCAGCAGCUCCGCUCUGUGCUUGAGGAAGAGAGCGGACUCGGUUUUGCUGUGUGGGUCAGCGGGUCCGGAGGUGUGUGCUAUGGUCAGCAAAAGGCGGGGGCAAGGACUGGGCUGGACCUGGUCAGUGGGCAUGCCCAGCCUGGAGGUUUAUGGAGAGAGGGGCGCAGACCCCCAGCACCACCACGCCCCAGGCUACCCAGGCGGCCUCCUCGGGAAGCUGGGAAGCCCGGAGCUCCUGCUGAAGCCUCAGCUCUGCGAGGCAAGGAGUAAAGCCUCAGCUCUGCGAGGCGAGGAGUAAGAAGUGCCCAGACUGGGGUAGAAAGCAGGGAGAGAAGUGGCAGAGGACAGCCCACGUGAGGAAGAGAGAGGAAAAGAGAGACAAUGAAGUAGUCUCCCCAGACGUCGAAAAAGACGUGCAGAUAGCAAAAUCUCCUCUCUACAGAGGUGCAGGCAGAGCUGCAGGCCCCCGAUGAGAACACAAGUAGGCAGUGGUCCCGCUGACCUGACCCAGGCCAAUUUGCUUCCCCAUGAAGGAGUCGCUGGUUCUACCCCCGCCUUCCUGAGAGGCGGGGAGAGGGUUCGGAGCUCGCCCAGGGUCACCCAGGGCAGUGGGCGCCUGAGCGUGGAAUAAUCCAGUGCCUGUUCAUUUAACCACCAAGCCCAGGGUUGCCCACUUCCCAGCCUCACCCCCUCCCCUGCUGCUUGAGUGCGACCCAGCCUUCAGAGCUCCGCGCAAGCACGCUUCUUGUACAUAAGUGCUGGUUCUUCCCUAAGCUUCCCAGCCCGCAGAAGAUAGGCCGUUUCUGCUUCUUUGAUCUUUCUUUCUGUAUUAAAUGCUCCCA